AGUAUGUCGAGAUAAAAAGUUUUCGUUAUAAAAAUUAUGGAAAAUUCUAGUUUAAAAGUUUAGCAUUAAACUUUUCAAUGCGUGUUUCAUAUUUUAUUUUACAGAGAAUCACUCUAGAGGUCGUUUAAAGUAAUAAGAACAUUAACUAUAAUUUUACAAAAAGAAAGUCUCUUUAAUAAAGACAAAUCAAUCAAUCAAUCAAUUUUACAAGAACGCAUUGAAACGCCCCUUGAAAUUUAACGGCGAUUUCCAAACAGCUCAAGCAAAUUCCCUUGGAAUUCAUUUUCGAAGUAAAAUCACAAUACUUUAGGAAGAAUAAACGCGAGCCGAAAAUAAAACUAUACUUGAACAGACGUGCAUCCCUCGGAUCAGGUGGUACUUCAAGAACACCAGAUAGCAGAUUAACGUUCAUUUUCUUCCCGCGCAAUCACCCUCCCGAAAUUCAAAACCAGUCAGCACGCCCCGCUAUGUUGUAACGUAUUUGGACCUAUUUUCAUCAAACCCGCCAUUAUCAGCAUCUCGCGGUCGCGUCGGCCAGAAGCACUUCAGCCCAGAGGAAGCAGUUAGGCCGCACGUCUCGCACUCCGGACGCGUGUAUCCAUCCGCAUUUCAAGAGCGCACCAUAUCUGCUGCUACAACGACGACGGCCACGUCAAACUGCCAACAUCAUCGGAUGGAAUGUCUUGAACUUUUUUUUUCUCGUUAUUAUGAACACGGGGCAGCGGUGGAGGCCACCCAUCAUCAUCGGCGGCAUUACUCAAUUUUCCGUUGUGCCAGAUCGGGGACCCAACAUCUAGAACGUUGAACGUGUUCAGUUUGCGUGAAAUUCGGAAUUAAUCAAGACGUUGUGCUCGCUGUCUCCCGCGUACCACCACCAGUAGUGGUCAGUGCCGCGAAUUUCGGGAUGCCUGAGAACAAUAGUUUGGUGCCUCCGCCAAGGCUUCACCAUCCAGUGCCACCGCCACCGCAAUCGGGGACUGUUCCACAGCCGCAGCAGCAGCAGCAGAUACCUUCGAGUGUUGCCUGCCCUUAUCAUGCAGCGAACGGAACUUUGGGUCCCCCGUUCGGGUCCACUAGUCCCGGCAGGCCACCGCUGUCGAUUAUCAAAUUCCUCGAGCUGUGCCUGGCCAUCGCUUGUACCGUUCUGCACUACUACAGUUUCGAUGAUGGCGAUCUUGUCACAGGCUUCCUGGCCACCGGAACCUUCUGCGGAUUCAUAGUCAUUCUUACUACGAUUAUGGUCGGCUACCUGAUGAAAGCACAUGUCCACCGGCGUCUGAAUCUGUUCUACAGCCUGUUGGGAUGUGCCCUGUUCCUCACGGCGGGUGUUUUCAUCAUAGAAGCCUGGGAGCACGCCUUCCGGACGCGAACCCGCGAUCUGGCCAUCACAAAGGGCUCGAUAGCCAUCAUCAACGGGGUCAUCUUCCUGAUGGACACGAUUUUCACCUUUCGCGAGCGAAAGUAGCAGGACUCGAGCGCGGUAUCGAUUUUGAGUACAAAUAAACGCAUUUAAUUUCACACUCGAUAACACGGCCUGAGUUGUGCUCAAUUGUCCGAAAAUGGUCGACACACAGAGAUCCGAGACCGGAUCAGAAAGGUUCCCGACGACCGCAAUUAAGCGACCCGUGGUUCAAUGACCAUUCGGAAUGCAAUUGGCGUAAAAGCGUGACCCCCGCGUGACUUUCGUGCCAACUGCAAUCACAUUUCCGCGUGGACUCAUUUUGGUGUACUUUUUCCUCGAAUCGAUUUCUGUGUGCCAAUUGAGUUCAAUCAGUUUUAUUACUCUCAUGCAGCUCUGUUUAAAUACCUGUAUACAUUGCGAUGAUGGGCUUGUCUCUAU